GUUCCUCGUUGGUCAUGGAAAGCAAAAACAGAUGACGUAACACGGAAGUAAAGUUUCUUUCCGGUGGGCUUUAGUUUCACGUAGUUUCAGAAACACAGCGAGGAAAUGAAGACGUUUGUUUCAGGGGUGCUGCUGUUUCUGUUUGCGGGACACAUCGAGAGCUGGGAUGACGGCAGCGUGUUGCUGCGGGACAUCCAGGCACUGACUCUGUACAAGAAUCGGUACACCACAGCAAGGCGCUCCAGCCCAAUUCCUCAACUGAAGUGUGUUGGAGGGUCAGCGGGCUGCCAGGCGUUUGUCCCAGAGGUGGUUCAGUGUGUGAAUAAAGGCUGGGAUGGGGUGGAUGUACAGUGGGAGUGCAAGACUGAUAUGGACAACACAUACCGAUUUGGUCACAUUGCGGUGAGCUGUGAGGGCUACAGCCACCCUGCUGAUGCCUACAUACUGAAGGGCUCCUGUGGACUGGAGUACACACUGGAAAUGACUGAAGAGGGUCAUAGGAGGGCUCAAGGCAGCAGGGGUUCCCACAGUGGAUUUAAAGGAUUUGGAGAUCUUGGGGAUUUUGCCUCCAGUUUCUUUAGUGGUUCAUCUGGAGAUAGACAUCAGCAUCACCACCAGAGCUCCUACCCCCCAGGGAGUGAGAACUCAGGAGGCCUGCUGGUUGUUGCUGUGCUUCUGCUCUUAGCCUUUGGCAUCUAUAAACUGUUCCUUAGUGGGAACACAUUUCAGUGGGGGCAAGAUGGUGGACAAACCAGCUAUCCUGGACACAAUCACCAUGGCUCCACAGCAGGACCACCUCCCCCAGGAUUCAAACCGGACUUCACAGAUUAUCCUGGUGCCAACCCAGGUUACGGUUUCCGCAGUGAUUACACUCAUGGACACCAGUACCCAGGAGGCCGAGCAGCUCCCAGCACAGGAGGAGGCUUCUGGACUGGAAUGGGAACAGGCGGGAUGCUUGGAUACCUUUUUGGUCGUCAGAGAAGCCAACCCUACAAUUAUAACAGCUCCAAUUUCCCUAACAACAGACCUUCUCCUGCAAGAGACCCUCCCUCCUCUGGGACCCGCACUGCUUCAGGUUUUGGAGGAACCAAAAGAAGAUAGAAGCUUGUAAUUGGACACAGUUUGUACAAUGAUGACGUGGAUAAUACGACUGGGUGCGCUGCAGCUUAUGAGCUCAGCGUUUGCUGCUCCUUUCUUCGUGCAGAGAUGAACGUGUCCAAACAGAACUUUGCUGCUUAGCUGUUGUUUUUCUGUCAGUGUGUGGUUUGGGUUGCAGCCUAAAAGCUUCAGUGUUCAUUGUAAGAACCUGGCAUGACUUUAUUGUUUAGAGGAUAAUGAUCUCGCAGGUGAUCACUGAUUGGAUUAGCUCUUUGCAGGCAAGAUAAAUAUUUCAGUGGUAAUCCACUCUUAAAGCUUCUGUUCAUAUUUGUUACUUUAGAAGUUAGGGUUCCCCUGCUGACUCAGGGAGGAAUAUAUGAAUACUGUAGCACCUUUUAAUUUCCAAUAAAUCAAAUUAUAUAAA